AUCGCUCAUUCAACACUAAUAGGUUUGCCUGGUCAACCAAUUGGUCCGAAAGGAAAUUCAUCUUCUGGCUUGUUUUCUCAACCGCCUAGUUCUUCGAGCACUUCUACGUUGUCCAGUGCUUGCGUUAAAUCAUCCAAGCCAUCUAGCUCAAUUGAUGUUAUUGGUGCCGGAACUACUUCUAGUGGAGUUGGCGGAGGGUCUUGUUCUGUGAUCUCUACUGCCUCCUCUGCAACUUCAUUGAACUCCGGCUCAGGCCCCCCAGCUGGUCUGUCCUCGUCUCCUGCUGGCAGCUCUGGGGUCUCUGCUUCUUCAAGUAUUCCUUCUAGCCUUAAGGGUUUCAAAAUACCAAAGAAGAAGAACCUUGCUAGUGGCUUAACUCCAUCCUCAACCCAUGGACCCUCUACAGAUACCACUGAAGUUAUUUCUCCUGUUUCUGGCCGGGCUUUGGCCGGGACUAGCUCCUCUUCGGCUAAUUCCUCUUCCGGUGGAUUAUUGACCUGGCAGGCGACUACUGGUUCGGUUCCCAGUGCUUCUGGAGGAGUUAACACCUCUACAGUCGUCGGACCAACCAGACGUCGAGCUGGAUGUGAUGAUCAAUCAACGCCAUCCAACGUCAAGGUAGCAGCUUCAUCAUCUGGACAGCAACAGCAACAACUGGGUUCAUUUGUGCCUGCUUCGAAUUCGAACAUUUCUGGCGGUCCUGGGGGAAAUCUUAGUUCUGUUAGCUCUGUAAGCCGGACAGGUGGACAGGUUUCUGGACGGGGCCUGGCGGGCAAUGCAGCUGUUAUGGUUUCCCCCAACUCUUGUACCACCUCUUCUGCCCCAGCGGCCACAAUGUCAAUCACUGUGCAACCAGCUGGUUUAGGAGUGACUCUGGUUCCCGAAGCGCCUAACUGUAUACCUUCACUUCUGAGUCAAAAUGUUACCCUCGGUUUUUCUGCUACCGUGAAUUCUAGUCCUACUCAUUCGCGUACAAUUGGCUCAGUUCCUCUCACUUCUUCAGGCGCGUUCUUCUCUCCUUCAAUUGCCACCGCAACCACGUCUGCUACUUCUAAUUCAUCUUUCUUUCAGCAGCAACAACAGCAGCCUCAAGUUCAAUCCCGCAGGUGUUCUAUGAAGAGUAUUAGCGAUGUAGUAAACAAGCUCCGCGCCAAAAACAAUUCAGGUGGUAGCAAUGGCAGUGCGUCUUCCGCCUCUGGAGAAUCUGCGAUUGGCGGUCGCUGGGCCAAUUCCUUGGGACCUGGCGGUCUAUGCGCUUCGUCCUCCUCUUCAUCCUCCUCUUCAUCACCUCUGACAACUCCAUCUGGUCUUGCCUCUUCAGCUACAGGUGCUGGCUCAAAUUCCGUACAAUCUGAUUUUAGCGAGUCCAAGUGUUCUUCAGAUAGAAUCGGGGUCUCCACUGAAGGUUUGUCAACAGUAGAAAAUAUCGGAGGACCGAAGCUGGCAACCAGCAUUGCACCAUCACGAGAUAACAUCUUUGACAAAUUUCGCACGGAGUAG